GCAGACCAUUACAGCGUAAGGGCCCAAUGAUACAAUGCCACAGCAAGCACUAAUAUUUAACGCUCUAACCGUAACACAGUCUGCCGCCACCAUCGCCGUGACCAGCAGUUCAUCAUCCCGACAGGAGAGCCGAAGCAGCAAAGUCGAGACCUCCUCCACUUCCGUGUCCGCUUCCUCCACCUCCACGGGGGCCAAGAGACAACUCAAGCCCUACGGCAAGAGGCAAGAUUCCACUGGCUCAACCUCCAGGUCUCGGUCUGCCACAAAGGAACUUGAGUUGCCACCCGACGAUGCCCUGAUGGGACCUCCAGGAUUCUCGGGAGAACUCCCCAAGAUGUUGGCAGUUAAGGACGGCGACCCUCUCUGCCUCAAAUGUACAGUGAAGGGCGACCCUGAGCCUCAGGUCACGUGGUUCAAGAACGGAGAGCCCCUCAGCUCGUCAGACAUCAUCGAUCUCAAAUACAAACAGGGUCUCGCAGCCCUCACCAUCAACGAGGUGUUCCCCGAGGACGAAGGCGAAUACAUAUGCAAAGCCACCAGCUCGCUAGGCUCAGCGGAGACCAAAUGCAAGCUCAAGGUGACGCCCAUGGAGCAGCAGGUGAACGGGAAAGGAGGUCCGGGAGAUAAGAUUCCCAGAAUUUCUGAACACUUAAAGUCCCAAGAAGUCCCAGACGGCACGCCGAUCACGCUAACCUGCAAGAUCGGAGGAGCUACCAAGUUCGACGUCGUUUGGUUGCACAAUGAGAAGGAAAUCAAACCCUCAAAGGACUUCCAGUACGUGAAAGAAGGAGACAAUUACCUCUUGAAGAUCGCUGAGGUGUUCCCCGAAGACGCUGGUACCUACACGUGCGAGGCCUUUAACGACGUUGGAGAAACAUUCAGUACCUGCACACUAGUUAUUUUAAUUCCUGCCGAAGAAAAGAAGCAACCCGCCUUCAAGACCUUCCCUACCUCGGCGACCGUGAGUGAGGGCAAGUCCGCGACCUUCACCGUCAAAUUCGACAAGGAACCGACCAAGGUCUCAUGGGUGAAGGACGGCAAACCAGUCGAUGAAAAGUCCCCGCGCUACAAGUUCCAACAGGAAGGCAAAAAGGAGUUCUCGUUCGCUAUCCCCAAAUGCCUAACGACAGACGUGGGUCAGUACGUGGUGAAGGCUGCGGGAAAGAAGGGUGAGACGACAGCAGCCUUCUCUCUCAACGUCUAUACCGCCGAAGACCUGUGAUCUGCUUCACGCGCUCUCCCAGGCAUUGAUAGGACCAUAUGGCCGUGAAGUCACGUGUUCUCGUUUCAAUGAGUCCUUUACGUGACUGACGAACUCCAUGGCCACUCAGCAAGCAUAUGCUCGCUGAGUUGGCCCUAGAGCAAGCAUUUUCAUCGUGUUAUAGUUACUGUGUGCAUGUUCGCUUCUGUGCUACAUGUAUUUUUCCUAUGAGAUUAUUUAUUAUUAAUACAUUUAUUAGCUAUAGUUUCCUUUUGAGAUGGAAGAGAUAUGUCUGAUGCGAGAAAGGUUUUGCCAUCAUAUCAAAGAUUUCUGCACACACGUGAACUAGAUGUAUGUAUUCAGUUUUGUGUCCGAUUCACAAGCAUUGUAUAUUGCCCUGUAAUGGUGACUCCGUGUAUGUUUGCCGACGACUGAACCAGCCAGAUCGUGCACUCAGCGCGUCAAAAAGAGAUGAACUCUGCGCACGUCUGAUGGAUUGUUUAGCACUGGGUCGUUCUUAGAUCACAACAUAAAUACGUCAGUCUACUGUUCACAUCUUUUUAACCCUUUUGAUUCUAAAUAGUGUUUUGUUCAGAGCCUUUAGUUUUGCUGUAAUCUAACCUCGGAUGACAGGCAUAAUCCGUUAUUGUAUAGGUUGGAAUUGCACCACAACUUAUAUGACUAUGGAUUGUGCUCCUAAUCGCCUCUUUCCAAUUCUCUGUCUCUCGAAGUUCCCGCCAUGUUCUCGUCGUUGUACGUCAUCAGCCUAUGAACCAAUCACAUAGCUCCCUGCGCUGCUCCCCAUACUACGUCAUCAGUCCACGAACCAAUCACACAAAACGUCUCCAGUGACAUGGUAACAUCUAUGUCAGUUAUCUCAGCAGACUAGCGUAGUAUGGCGCUCAGAUAGAACAGACAUUAACUGUAUGAGAAUUGCCAAUGUAACUUGUAUAAGGCUUUUACGCGAGAAAUAUAUGUGAAUUUUAUUA